GAGCUAGUAGUACAUAUCGAGCACAUGUGGCAAAUGCGGUGUGAUUGCUGCAAGUAAGAGGCAAUACUUCAUAGAGUCUAGUAUUAAUUGAUUCUGUUGCUUUAAGACUGAAGUAUUCAGGAGAACUGAAGCUUCGCUUCUAAGAAAUGGAUUCCCAGCUCUCUCGUUCAGUGACCGCUCCCAAUAGUGCGAAAAAGAAGAAGAAUAUCAAGAAGAAAUCUCUUGCAGUAGCAGAAGAGGAGGCACUGCCCAUUUCAAUGGACAACCAUACAGAAGCAAGUAUGACACCUGGUAGCAAGAAGAAGAGGAAACAGAAGAAGCAGCAACAAGUACCAGAAGUAUCAGAUAAUGAACCCUCAGCAAUAGAAGAGACAGAUCCCUCUCAAGAAAGCAAGAAACCCAAGAAGAAGAAAAUGAAACGGAAAGCUGAGAGUGAUGACCAAUCACCAGACAAAAAGGUACCUCGAACUGAGGAAUCUGAGGAGCAAAAUCCAGAAAGUGAGAAAGAAAACCAAGAGGGGCAAGAUAGAGAUUCAGAAGAAGUCAAUGCAGAAGAAGAAACAGACUUGGCAGUUACCGAGGAGAUCUUAUCAGACUCGAGCUUUGCCUCGUUAGCGGACAGAGUUUCUGAGCAGACGUUGAAGGGCGUGGCUGAUAUGGGCUUUACCCAGAUGACAGAGAUCCAACAUAAAGCUAUACCGCACAUGCUGGAGGGCAAAGACAUUCUGGCUGCAGCCAAGACUGGAAGUGGAAAGACAUUGGCCUUCCUCAUUCCUGCAAUAGAGCUCAUGAACAAGCUCAAAUUCAUGCCGAGAAAUGGCACUGGGGUACUGAUCAUCUCACCGACCCGCGAGCUCUCGAUGCAGACCUAUGGUGUCCUCAAAGAGCUCCUGGAGCACCAUUACCACACCUUUGGUCUCAUCAUGGGCGGGACUGACCGCAGCACCGAGGCUAAGAAGAUGGCCAAGGGAAUCAACAUCAUCGUAGCCACACCGGGCAGACUGCUUGACCACAUGCAGAAUACACCACAGUUCAUGUACAAGAACCUCCAGUGCCUGAUCAUCGAUGAAGCUGAUAGGAUUCUCGAGGUUGGAUUUGAAGAAGAGAUGAAACAAAUCAUCAAGCUGCUACCAAAGAGGAGGCAGACGGGCCUAUUCUCUGCCACUCAGACCCGUAAGACGGAGGAUCUAGCCAGGAUAUCACUCAGGAAGGAACCAGUCUAUGUUGGAGUGGAUGAUCAUAAAGAAUCAGCUACGGUCGAUGGAUUAGAACAGGGCUACGUGGUGUGUCCGUCGGAGAAGCGUUUCUUACUCCUCUUCACGUUCCUCAAGAAGAAUCGAAACAAGAAGGUGAUGGUCUUCUUCUCCUCCUGCAUGUCCGUCAAGUUCCACAGCGAGCUACUCAACUACAUAGAUCUCCCAGUCAACUCCAUCCAUGGCAAGCAGAAGCAGAGCAAGCGUACCCAGACCUUCUUCAAGUUCUGUAAUGCUCAGACCGGGAUCCUACUGUGCACUGACGUGGCUGCCAGGGGUCUGGACAUCCCGGCCGUUGAUUGGAUCGUUCAGUACGACCCUUCUGAUGACCCUAAGGAGUACAUUCACAGAGUUGGGCGUACAGCUCGAGGGUUAAAGGGCAAAGGCCAUGCCCUCCUGAUCCUGCGACCCGAAGAGCUUGGCUUUGUGCGUUACCUGAAGCAUGCCAAGGUACCCCUGAAUGAGUUUGACUUCAGCUGGAGCAAAGUCUCUGAUAUCCAUUCUCAGUUGGAGAAGCUGAUUGAGAAGAACUACUUCCUCCACCGGUCAGCCCAGGAGGCGUACAAGGGCUACGUCCGAUCCUACGACGCCCACAGCCUCAAGAACAUCUACGACGUCAAUACCUUGGACCUGCAGAAGGUCGCCAAGUCCUUUGGCUUCAAGGUCCCGCCCAGCGUUGACCUCUUGGUCUACGGGAGCAAGAAGCAGCAGCGAGACGCCAAGAAGAAGUUCAGCUACGCAGAGCUCAACCAGAAGAUGGCACACAAGACCAAGAUCUACAAACACGUCACAGGAAAGACCAGAGACAGGAGACAGUUCUCAAGAUAACACCUAGAAGAUACCAGGGUAGCCUUUCACGAAACCGUCAUAAGUGCAAAUUCACCGACAUCCCAUUGAAACGCGUGUUAAACUUGAUACACGCAUUUCAAUGGGAUGUUGGUGAACUUGUACUUAUGAAGGUUUCGUGAGACGCUGCCCAGACCAAGAUCCACAAUCUUAUACAGGGAUGCCAGUUUUCAGGCACAAGCCUGAAUUCAGGCCCUGGCGAGUUAUAUCAGGCCAUAGUUCAGGCUUUUUGUGUAAAAAAUAGCUCAUUCUAGGUGAUUUUCAGGCCCUCUGAUCAUUUCUAACUGGCAUCCCUGCUUAUAGUAGGCAAGAAUAAGGAUAAGAGACAGUUCAAAGAUGACAGCUAGAACUUGUUUUCCCAUUUUGACCAAGAUGUUCAGACAUAUCUCAGGCAAAUGAAAAAAGACCGAUCUUAAUAUUAAAAACUGAAAGAUGACCUAAAAGACCUAGAACUACAAAUAUUCAUGUACAGUCAAACCUGUCUACGGCGACCGCCCAAGGGAAACACAAAACGUGUGCUUUGUAGACAGGUUCCUUUAGUACAUGUUUUAAUGA